UCUAUUUCAUCUUUACCAAAGGCUCAUCAAUCCAGUUUUUUGGCACCAUUGUUACACCGAAACAGCCCUUUUUUCUGUGUUAAAUAGAAAGAAUGGAAAGACAGAAAAAUCGAAAGAAAAAUACAAUGUCAUCAUUGCUAGAUAAUAAAAUGAACCCCGCUUUUUUCGCUCCUUAUUUUUAUUUAUCUGAUAUGGCUCUCUACCCAUUCUUUAUCUACCUUUUUACUCACAAAAUCCUAUCUCUAAUUGUGUUUUGAAUUUCAUACUACAAUAGAAGCACAAGGUUAUGUUUAGUAGUUGUUCCAAAAGAUAUAACGCCAGUUACAGCCGAGUUGACGCAGACGACGCAGAGGAGGAUGGUUACUUUUUGGAACCCUUCCAUCAUCCUUACUCCGUUCUUGUAGCCAACCGUGAUGAUACUUGCAACGUUGUCCCUCUUUUAUGUCAUUCUUCUCCUUCUUCACCCAUACGCUCUCCACGGUCCACCUCGUCGACGCGCCAUCAUCAUCGACGCCAUCAUUCUCGUUUUCACCGUCAUGGUUUUUUCUUCCACCGUAUCUCUAAAGAAUACGCUAGGGGCCAAAAGGCUUCCUUUGCUUCCUUACCUGCUAUGAUGAUUGCAGAUUUGCAAAACGGAUAUAUCCCAGAGCUUUCUUCGAGGGAAGAUGAAUUAGAAAGUGGCUGGACUAUUUUGCAUCGAAGGCGAUAUAAAGGUAAGGAGGGUAUUGGCGAAAGCAGACAUCCACCAGGUGCCAUCAUGUUUACCGAUGAUGAUAAAAGCAGUAUAAGUGAAGCAAGUAUGAUUGACGAAGAGAUGGACCCUUCUGAUCAAGUAUCCUGUUCUGUAUUUGUUCAUUGGGAGCCGAACAACGAUAAGCAUCCAGCGACAUCCAAUGAUGCCUAUACCAUGACGAUGCCUUCUUUGUUCAAUGAUCAGUCUAAAAACGAAAUUGAGUAUCAUAGGAACUUUAAAGACCCCAUACCCAACACAGUGGAUAAGUUUGAUGAAAUUGUACAGUCUGUUCAGGAAGCCAUUCAACAAAACCAACAACCCUCGCGUAUCAAACAAGGAUCGAGUGGCUCCUACUUUUGUCGCAACACUUCGGGUAAAAUUGUUGGCGUAUUUAAACCCAAGAAUGAAGAACCUUAUGGCCGUUUGAAUCCCAAAUGGACAAAAUGGCUCCAUCGCAAUUUGUUCCCCUUCUUUUUCGGACGCUCUUGUUUGAUCCCUAAUUUGGGUUACGCUUCCGAAGCUGCCGCCUCGCUGUUGGAUCGAAAGCUGGGCAGUAAUAUUGUACCUUUCACCGGCGUCAUUGAAUUAUCCUCUACAAGUUUCCAUUACCCCCUCCUCGAGAGACGCAAAAAGGGACCCAGGCCAGCUAAAAUCGGCAGUUUUCAAUGUUUCUUGACAGAUUAUAAAGAUGCCGACGUGUUUUUCCGAGAUCAUCCUUAUCCCGUGCAUCCAGAGGAUUCCGAAGAUAAUGGAGGCGCUUUGUCAUCUGUGUGGGCAGGUUGUUUGGGCGGAAGCAAAGGGAAUGAGUAUGAAGAAGAACAGGCGGAAGACCGUGAGAGAGAGGAGGAUCGAGAUAGUGAACAUACCAAGUAUGCUCCGGCACAGGAGAGCAGUAAUAAACAAAAGAAAAAGAAAAAGUCGGAUGAUUUCAGGUGGACAGCUCGUUUGAAGAAACAAUUUCAGCGCGAAUUUGAGCAGCUGGUGAUUCUGGAUUAUCUCAUCCGAAAUACAGAUCGCGGUCUCGACAAUUGGAUGAUUAAAUAUUGCCCACCCAAAUCACAUCAAGCGAAAGGCUCAUCAUCCUACAGUAGUUCCGAAAACGAGAACCCUCAUGCUGGUUUUGAGGAAGAACAAGAGGAAGGUCAUAUCCAUGUGGCGGCUAUAGACAAUGGUUUGGCCUUUCCGUAUAAACAUCCCGAUGAAUGGCGCUCUUAUCCUUAUGGCUGGCUAUCGCUUCCCGAUGUCCUCCUUCACUGCUCCUUUUCCGAAGAAACCCGUCAUCAGUUCCUUGAUUGUCUCUCAGAUCCUCUAUGGUGGCGCGAUACCAUUCGUGAAUUACGUUCUAUUUUUGAAAUGGAUAGUGAUUUUGAUGAAGCUAUGUUCCAAAAACAAAUGGCCGUGUUAAAGGGACAAGGUUACAACGUAGUAAGAACUCUCAAGGACCCUCGUGCUAGUCCGGCAGACUUGGUAUCCAUGCAGCCUGUCAUGAUUUACCAAGAAGAAGUAUUAGUGGAAUUCAACGAAACAGUGUUGCGUAGGAGAGAGUCAAUUACACCCUUACAUAAGAAAAAGCAAAAACGUGGGUCAAGCCCUCGGCGCCCUUCCUCUGUGGAUGAUAAUGCAGUCUCUAAAGCAAUGGACGCAGAAGAAGAAGAAGAUGAAGAAGAAGAGGAUGAGGAUGAUCAUAGCAAUAAUAAGAAGAAUGAUCACAAUGACGAUGUGACUGAUCUAGGAUACUUUAAGCGAACAGAUAAUGAUGGGUCAUCGUCGAAUUGGAAGGAUAAAGUGAGACGAAGCCUAACGAGUGAAAAUAGUGAUAGUAGCGUCCGAAAGAGAAAGCGACGACAAAACAAAUAUCGCGCAUUUGAUAGUGAAAACGACGUAGCCGAAGAAUCGAGUGACAAUGACGAUGAAUCCAUAUCUUUACACCCAAAGAAGCGUGUCACCAUCAUUAUGGAAAAUAUCGAAUUAGUCAAGAAUAGAACAUGGUUUACAUGGUGUUGAUAACUGUUUUUCGAUCCCCCACCCCCCCCCUCACCUACUUGCUUACCAAAAAUAUUGUACACCUGUCAUUCCAUAAAAAGAUUGUUUUUUUUUUUUCCUUUUACAUAACGUACAAACAGAAAUAAAUCACAGAUUUAUUAUUCAACAAAC